GAAGCAGUCGCGGUAUACUCUUCGAAUUUAAGUAAAUAAUAUUAAAUACAUCCGUGUGUUCGCUGCCAUGAAGCGAGGAAGGUGCGUCAAUCUAGCGAUCUUCACAUCAAUGCUCAUCGCUCAGUGCGUCGCAGUACCGAUACGUGAGGAUGCACCUGGCAUUGAAAUUAUGCCGGCCGAGAUUUCAAAUAGUGGUUUGGAUUACGUCGUCGUGAACAAUAGAAGGCCAGAUGAUACACCGCCAGUAAACUCGAAUGUGAAACCAGCUGUUGUCCAGCAAAACAGUGUCUAUCAGCAACCAUACCAACCCCAGCAACAACUGCAGUAUUUCCCGCUGGAGCAACCACAAUAUGCAACCGUGCAGAGGCCACAGCAGCAGCAACAGCAACCAUACUGGUAUCAACAGCCGGUCUAUCAGUAUCAAGGGCAGCCAUCAAGACCAUACUACGAGCAACAAUAUGCGAGGCCCAGUUUAACGGGAGCUUCCUCUUCGCCAGGUAUUUUACAAACGAUCGCCAACGCUUUUGGCUUAACGGGAGGCAGCAGCUCUACCGCACCGGCACCAAACAGCAUCAGCAAUCGAUUUAGUAUACCUUUCCUUAUUGGAUAGACCCGCUGACCUCUUUUAAUAAAAAAUGCUGGAUGUUUCAUAAA